AUGGCCCGGGUCAGUGCAUCCUCAUAUCAUGGUAGCAUCCGGUUACUGCCAUGGGCGAUCGCAGCACUUAUCAGUGCCAUCGCAUACCGCAUCUAUCUGCAUGACACGUUCGCAUUGAUAUUCGGCUUUGGCCGAGUAAUUCAACCAAUUGAGGACUUCCCCUGGGACUGCAAACGCAUUCAACAUCCACUCCUCGAAGGGUGCGAAGAUAUCUGGCUAGACUAUAACAACCGCAAGCUAUACGGUGCAUGCACUAGCCUCAACUCUCGAACAGGAUGGAAUCCGAGCGGGAGCUUGUUUAAUGUCUCUGCGAGGUCGCGAACCGAUCACAUUUCCGUGUUGAAUAUCGACGAACCAGGCGUGGACGGUUUGUAUGGGCUGCAUCAGCUGAAGAUCGACUAUGCUGGAGAUCUUGACCUCCAAGGCUUUGAUGUUAAGCGCAUCGGGGAUCGCCAGCGAUUCUGGCUCAUCAACCAUCGACCGCCUGUGGAUCCGGCCACCGGAGAGCCGCUCGAUCCCCGCAAAGUAGGCGCAAACUCCACUGUUGAGAUAUUCGACCUUGAUACACCGUCAAGUACUCUGGUUCACGUCAAAACCAUUGCUAGUGAGGCUAUUAUCUCCCCCAAUAACCUUGCGGUCGCCGACGAUGGUAUUGGAUUUUUGGUAACGAACGACCACGAUGCAAAGGCUGGAAUGUUUCGCGAUCUCGUCAUACUUCUUGGAGGGGGGAGUUUGACAUACUGUCGGUCGGACACUGGAAAAUGUGAGGUGGUUGCCCGUAAAAACUGUUCGUUGCCGAACGGUGCAGUACGUGGCCUCGAUGGGCGCUUCUAUGUUUCCCACUCCACUUCGGGCGUGAUCACCGUUCAUGAGUACUCGGAAGAUGGCCUCGUUGAAGUUAAAACAAUUCCUCUGAAUGUUCCGCUUGACAAUCUAUCUGUCAACAAGGAUGGAAAUAUCAUGGUUGCUGCUAUUCCUCAUUCCGUGGGGUUCAUGCAAGCUGCCGAUGAUCCAUAUAACCGAGUCGCCGCAGCGGGUGUCUUGAUGUUGACAAAUACCGAUUCGCUUGGCAAUAACUACGAGGUCAUCAAAGUUAUCGAAGAUAGAGAUGCCAAGUACCUCCCCACAACAACGGUGGCAGUGCAUGAUGCCCAAACACAUCGCUUGUUCCUGGCUGGAGGAUUUUCACCGUUCCUCAGCAUCUGCCAGAAGCGCAAUUAA